GGUCUUGUUCCAAUCCUCCGCUGCCAGCCAGGCCGGAAUUAGCGCAGAAAACAGCAAAAAAUUAGAGCCCGCUUGCUGGCUGGCUUUUCAAAGGCGCCUCAGGCUCCAGAUGGGGAGCAGAACUCGCGUCCUUCCCCAGGACUUUAUCUGUACGAGCAGCUGAGGAGGCAUGUCUGCGACAAGGAGCCCCGCGCCUGAUGGGUCCCCAGAGAACCGGGACAGGUCGCCUUCUCCCAAACAGGAGGAAGCGGCGCGCUCUCGUUCUCCGACCCCGCAGAGGUCGCCAAGCCGCGAGAGGAGAGACACACCUGAAAGGAGGGACCGCUCGAGAACGCCGGACGCGCCCCGCAGGACACGCAGUCCGGACGACAGGAGACGGUCCAGGACACCAGAGAGGAGAGGCCGCUCGAGGUCGCGCUCUCCAGCAGCAAACGGCGGCGGCCGUGGCCGAAGUGCUGAGAAUCCUGGGACCAACCUGUAUGUGACAGGGCUUUCUACCCGUGUUACGGAGGAAGAGCUUGAGAGAUACUUUUCCAAGGAGGGCAAGGUUGCCGAUGCGCGCAUUGUCCGAGACCCAAGGACCCAGGAGUCGCGCGGCUUCGGCUUCAUCACCAUGGCCACGCGUGAAGACGCUGACGCUGUUGUCAGGAGGGUCAACGGCAAAGCCUUUGAGGGACGGCUGCUCACUGUUGAGAAGGCAAAGCGUGCGAGGGAGAGGACGCCGACGCCGGGCCAGUAUCGUGGCGUGCGGGGAGCGCACGAGACGGCACCGCCACCGAGGAGCUCGCGGUAUGAGUCCGACCGGUACGAUCGUCGUUCUGACAGAGACGACCGGUAUGGCAGGAGCUACGACCGACAUGACAGGUAUGAUGACAAGUACGAUCGCCGCCGGCGGUCUCCAGAUUAUGGACACUCACGCCGAGAGCGCUCUCCGUAUGAUAGAGACAGAGGGUAUUACAGGAGGUGAAGCGGUGGCGUACUUAUGGUGGGCGGGAUUGUUUCUGUAUCCUUGGAGACCCUGUAAGGGUCGACCACCAAUGGUAGAGGUCGCUGCAGUGAGUUUAGAUAUCCUCCAGUCUGUUCGCCGACUUAGUUUGCCUAAGCGAUAGUCAGAGUUGAUACGCCUUCUUUGGAAAAGUAUGUAAAGGUGGCGUUCCCAAGAACCAUGCAUUGCACUGGACGGUCUGAACAACUUGAAAGAAGUUGCAUUACUUAUGAUGGGAUUUUGCAUUGCAUCUGAGAUCAAAAUGAGAAAGGGAUUUCAUUCACCCAGG